AUGGGCCGCUGGCGGGGCCGGGCGCGGGGCGUCGCAGUGGCGGUGGCGCACGGGCUGUGCUCGGGCUCGCUGAACAUCCUGCUGAAGUUCCUGCUGGCCCGCUACCACUUCGCCUUCCUGACGCUGCUGCAGUGCCUGAGCAGCGCGGCGGCGGCGCUGGGGCUGGAAGCGCUGCGGCGGCGGGGGCUGGCAGCGCUGCCGCCCUUCGGGCCCCGCCUGGCGCGCCCCUUCGCCGCCGUGGCCACCCUGGCCACGCUGCAAUCCACUCUUACCCUCUGGUCUCUGCGUGGCCUCAGCCUCCCCAUGUACGUCGUCUUCAAGCGCUGCCUGCCCCUCGUCACCCUCCUCACAGGCGCCCUGGUGCUCCGCGACGGCAUGCCCUCGCCCGGCGUUCUCGUCGCCGUCCUCAUCACCACCUGCGGCGCCGCGCUGGCCGGAGCUGGUGACCUGACUGGGGAUGCUAUGGGCUAUGUGACGGGUGUGCUGGCUGUGCUGAUACACGCUGCCUACCUGGUACUCAUUCAGAAGACCAGUGUAGACAGUGAAUAUGGACCCCUGACAGCUCAGUAUGCCAUUGCUGUUUCAGCCACACCUUUUCUCAUCAUCUGCUCCUUUGCCAGCAUGGAUUCCAUCAAUGUCUGGUCCUUCCCGGGGUGGAAGGACCCUGCCAUGGUAUGCAUCUUUAUCGCUUGCAUCUUGAUUAGCUGUGCCAUGAACUUUACCACCCUUCACUGCACUUACAUUAACUCAGCUGUGACCACCAGCUUUGUAGGGGUGGUGAAGAGCAUAGCAACUAUCACAGUGGGCAUGGUGGCAUUUAAUGAUGUGGAGCCCACAAGGUUAUUUAUAGCUGGUGUUGUGGUCAACACCUUGGGGUCUGUCAUUUACUGCGUGGCCAAGUACAUUGAGACCAGACGGCAGAGCAAUUAUGAGGACCUGGAAGAAGAAGCUAGAGAAGAGGAAGGGAAAAGGCAGGCUGGAGAUCAAGCACUGUUUGCCAUGGAGGCUAUUUCCCAGAAGAAGGGAGCUGAGGAAGCAGCAGUUGAAGGACCAGCCACAGGAAUCAGCCAGAUCACAGAGGAAGAGAGCAACAGCACUGAGAAACCUGUCAAGGGACUGGUGAUCCAGAGAGAAACCACCAACACACAAGAUGUGAACAGGAGCUCCUUGAAGGAUGCCUAUCUUGGAGUGUGGAGGUUGGUGAGGGGUGCUAAUUAUAUAAAGAAGGAUUAUUUGAUAGAAAAUGAAGAGCUACCAAACCCUUAAAAAAGCAGGUCUGAAAACCUAUUGCUUGAGGACAGACACCUGGUUUGUGGUACAGGGCAGAAAAUACGUUUCCACAUUGAUGCUGAUCAUGUAGAAUGACUUUACCUCAUUGUCAAAAAGCAAAAGGUCAGUUUGCUCAUGCUUUGAGCUUGCUUUCAGCUGCUUUCAAUACAUCAAUUUAGACUUACCACAGCUCAAAACGCCAAGUCCUCUGCUGCAGACACAGAGUUAGGUAAUGGGGAGUCAUGGUGUGCUUGCCCAGCAGCCUGGGCUAUGAGGGACAUCAGUACCACUGAGUUAAUCAGCAGUUCCAGUGACAUGGCAGUGGCCUGUAGCUUAACUUGUGUCUGGAGCCUCGUGAUUUUAACACCAUUUGGAGGCCCUGUCAGUGUGCUUCCUUAUCUGCAUCUGUCCAAUUAUAGGUACUCAAUAAAAGUCCUACAAUGUGUAAGGUCCUAUUAACUGUACUUUUUUAUGUGCUCCUCUCUGUCAGUGCAAUUGCAGCAGAACUAGAGGUUGUGCAACUUCAAUUCCACUGGUGAAAAAUCACCCGUUUAGCUGAAGAAUUGAAACUCUCCUUGAUUCCAUGGCCAGGCUGGGCCUUGGACCUGGUUUACAUUGGGUGGUUUGUGUCUUCAAUAGAAAUGUUUUGUAUUGCAGUGGUGUGUGUGAGAGCUGAACCUGGUCUCAACUUCUGAGAAGCCUUGGAUAGCAAAAGAUGCUUUUCUAUGAGCUUUAACUAUGUGUAGCAUUGGGAAUAUCAGCUUGACCCAAAUAAAAGAGUUUGGAAGUGUUUUAUAUAUUGAUUUGAUGUAGGAGGGCUAUAAAAAUGAAGUGUGUGCCUUGUGCUAUCCCCAACUUGUACCCUAAAGUCAGGUGAACCAGAGCUUGCACCUGGGUGUCCUCUCUUACCUGCCUCUUUCAGAAGUACAGGCUGAUAGCAGAACUGGGGACACCAUUUCUGAGGUUCCCAGGGGUGCUUUUGCAGGACAGUUUUGCUGCAUCCUGGCCACGUGCUGGGAUGUUUCAGUGUCUCAGUACUGUGGUGUCCAGUGGGAGAAGGCACAGGCAGGCAAGCAGUUUGCUGCAGAGUGCUCUGGCGGAUCCCACAGCCAAGCACUGGUGGACCAGGAUACUUGGUGCCUUCAGCAACAUGACUCUUGUGGAAGCUGAUCCCCUGUGCCUUGCAGGCUAUGAGGAACAGAGCUGCCUCUCUACCCUGGCCACUGCAGCACUUCUGUGGGAAGCAAGAAGCAGGCCCAUCAGUGGGCCCUUUGCUGAACAUGUGAAUAUUCUGUAUCACGUACAUUCAACUGGGGAAAGGGUAUUCAAGCAUUUCUCAGCCUGGAGAUACCCUUUUGGUAGGUGAGGGUCCUUGGGUCAAGCCUUUGCUCAGAAUCAGGCAGAGAAGAGAUUCAUCUCAGUCUUCCUCAUCCCAAAAGGGUGCCCCAGUCAUUGGGCUGUCUUGACCAUAGGCUGAAACAAGUUGUCAUCUCUUGAAAAAAAGGAACCAAGUCAUUUACUGUUGUUGGUGGUGUUGUUGCUGUCAUUAUUAGUUAUUAAGCCAUUGAACUAAACCCCAGUUAUUCCCACAGCCCUAACUAAGCAGUGCCUAGCCCAAUGCCUUCUGAAGCCAAGCAGGCAGCAUUAGCCUCACAGCACAUUCAGCACCGAAAUCCAGAACGAGCAUUUUACCCAGCAGCUGAUCUUGAGGGGAGCUUUAGAUUCUUGUCAAUAAUUGCAGGCAAAGGCAUUGGGUGCCAUAGUUCAUUGUUUGAGUGAGUGCAGAAGUUGGGUGACCUGGCACCACCCAUGAAUUUUGAGACAGCUCUAAUGACAUUCAGGCUAAAAGCCUGUAGCUGUUGAGCUGGGGACAGGGCAUGGAGGUCUGUACAUCACACGUUUUGUGUAGCUUGUGAUUCAGAGUGGAAAGGUACUGGCUGUAUGCCAAGAUAUGUUUACUUUCCAUUCCAGUUCCAUAUGACAUCUCUUUCAGUAGAAUUAUUUAUUGUUUAUAGGUGAAUAUAAUAAGAGUUUUUGCUUAGUUUUUGAAAUGCAUCCUAGACUACACAGGUUUGUGCCUAUGACUUAGAGUUGCUGUGUUAUUGAACUGGUUUGGUUACAGUGUUGAACUGCAUUAUAAUCAGACAGCUGGCUGAGGAGAAACCCACAUUUCUGAUCAGUCCUCACCGCGCUCAGUGUUUGCUGUCCACAACAAAUGUGGGGUUUUUUAUGACCUGGAUGCCAGUCUUAAGAUCUCAUAGCAUACACCGUGUGUGGCACAUGCUAUAGAAAGCUCUCCCCCACCCCUGGACUCCUGUGGCAGGACUUUUUUGCUGGGAGGGUUCAGUGUUUUGUCGCUUACUGUUGUUGAAAUGUCAGUAGAAAUUUGAGGACAUCUGAACAGUUUUGACUGUUUAAGAAAAAGCUGCUGUUAAUCACGUCAUAUAUUUGCAUGUGUGGUCGAGAUGUGAUCCUAUUGUAUUCUGUUUAUAAGUGUAGAUUCCCUGAAUGAAACCGGGAAUUUGGCAAAUGCAGUCCACGUUUUCAGUAAAACAGACUCUUGCACAAUAAAAUAGAACUCUUGCCUCGUGCUGAGGUAUUUUAAUAGCACCAGCGGAAGGCUAUAGUAUGAGAUGUGGGAAUAAAAUGUGCUGCUUUCCAAAAGCUUUCUGGGUUUCUUAUUGUUGCUGCUCUAGGGUGCCAAAUUUUCAUUCAUUUACAGUUAUUCUCGUGCUUUCGUACUGUCCAAGUUUCCUCAGCAUGUGACCAUAGGCUAUAAAUACUGCCACGGACAGAGGGACUAAGGACAGCUAAAGAAACACAAGAAUCCCAAGUGGCCAAGUCCUCUGUACAGCCUGAAGUAUCUGUUCUCAGCAGCGAUUUCUUUGGUCACCUAUUUAGUGUCUACUAACUGCAACUGCUGUAACUUUAGCAUACAUAAAAAUAAGAUGAUGCUCAUUACUGCCAGUUCCAUUAUAAAACAAUUGCUUUAUUAAAGGACUUAAUCAUAAUUUUAUUUUACAAUGUUAAGUAUUUGUCUUACCAGCUGUGUCACAUAGUGGCUCUAGGAGGUGACCUAAGCAUUAAUUGUUACCUUUUUGCUUUGGAUGAAAAGUAUGUAAUGUGCCUGUGGCUGAAACUGGGAUGUGCCAGGUGCUGGAGCUGGUGAUUAUUACAGAAUUCAUCUUAGAGCUCCACACAAAUGUGCCUGCAGGACAGUUUAGAGAAAAAAACAAACCACUGUCCUUGUUCCAGGAGAACAAAUUGCCCUGAUUCACAAUGACUGCUUUGAGAGUAAGCAUCAAUUUCAGUGGCAGCACACCUGCUCUAGCACUACUGUAUGGCACGAACAUGCACACGCAGGCACACAAUUGCACAUGCAACAGGAACAUGAAAGCCAGGCUGACAAUUUUGUCUCAAACACAGUUUUUUUUCUCAAAGAAAUUAAAGAGAAGCCAUAGCACUGGAGGCAAAGACAGUUAAAAUUGCUCAGGAUAAGUAAAAAAAAGAUGCAUACAUCACUGACAAACUGCUGCUGCAUUUACUAUCCCUUCCAGAAGUAAAAUGAACAUCAGCCUACCAAAAAAACCCAAAAUCAAAAACCAAACCAAAACACAAAAAACCCACAGGUGAGAGUGAAAGAAAUUUUACAGUUUAUUAAGCAGCACUGCACAGCUCUGUGUAUGUCCAGGGAUAGUUUAUUGUCAGUGUUUAACAGCCUAGCAUGAUUUGAUUACAUCUGUUUGCUGCAGGCAAAGGCUUCAUUAGGCAGAAAGGUGCAAGCUCUUCAUCUCUGCUCUCUAACAUUUGAACAUUGUACUGCUUGUUGUGGUUAAGGUUUAACACUGCAGAUUCCCUUCUCCCUGUCCUCUCUGUCCAUGUCCCAUAAAAAUUCAUGUGUCACUCU